GUCAAGUGCGCCGCUUAUUAAUGAAAUGCGUAUUAGAUCGUAUUAUCUUCGGUUCUGUUGUUGAUUUAUCAACGUUUAUCCACCGUUCGAAUUAACGAUAUAAUAAAUGUGAAAAACGGGCAUUGAAGCAUCGUCAAUAAACGAGCAAUAAUAUUGUGACAUCUGACCUACUUAAUGCCUUUCAUCAUUGUUCCCGAGAGGAAAAAAAAACCACCUAUCCGCGGUGGAAUAAAUGAUCAACGAAAUCAUUGGUCGGGUUAUAAUAAACCGAUGUAUCUGAUCGUUUCGAUACACUAGGUCGGUACGAGGGGUAGGUGUAAACGCAUGGGGUUAAAGUAACCGUAUUAAAUCAAAGAGAGAAACAAAAAGAGAGGAAAAAAAAAACGAAGAGGUAGGUAAUUCGGUUACAUAGGACCGUCGGCUGUCAGUCCCUCUUAACGAGGCUACGACCAGUCGCGAACGCUCGCUUGACUAGCGAGUCUCCGUCUCUGAAUGCAAAGUGUAAGUGAAGUGGCCUACAGACCUACAUUUAUCUAACGUUCGAUUUUUUUUACCCGCGUAGGGAUUAAUAAUUCGAAGGGUUGGGGUCGUCAUGUCGGCGUGAUAAUAGAUGUCCCGAUAGCGUACGGUGUUCGCGCAGCUUCUCGAAAAGGGCGUCGGGCAUUAACGGCGUGGUGUAGGUGUUGUGCGCGGCAGAAGAGACGGGCGCAAGAGACAGACACAGAGAGUACAUACAUACAUAACUAGAAUGCACGAGGGCCGAAUGGCAGCAGCAACGACCGACGGAGGGGGUCCGGGUAGCCCACCGGCGGCCGCUCUGUCCGAGGCCUCCUCGGUCACCCUGGCCCCUGCAACCUCUGCCCCUGUCCCUGUCUCAACCUCGGUAUCAGCCCCUGCCCCGGUCCUUGAAACGGGACCACCGCAGCCCCAACAGGUACAAACUGAAACUGCAACGCAUCACCCACCUACACUAGCCUCGCAGGGCAGCGCUGCCGUGCCAGCCGCCACCGUCGAAGCCACAGUGACACAUCGGUCGUCGUCUCGACGACGAUGACGACGACGACGAGAACGACGACGGGGUUACGCAACCGACGAAAGGAAGAGAUCGGUCUCUCUGAAAAGAAAGGAUAUAAAAGCACGGCGAGUAGCGAUGUGCCUGCGAAAGGGAAACACCUGGUUACACCGGGGCAGACAGACAGAGAGACGGAGAGAAAGAGAGAAAGAGAGAAAGAGAAAGAUCAUUCACUAAAGUUUCCAGCCUGUGGCUCGACCCACUACGUGUGUCGUCGUCACUCGAUCGCUGCGCGCCGAGAAGAGAAAGAGAAAGAGAAAUAGGAGGAGGCCAGGAGGCCAGGAGGACAGGAGGGCAGGGACGACGCAUCGCGCCUGAAAACCGGCAACGCCGUGCCGUAUCGUCGUCAGAUCCAGCCGCGAUGUAAUACGACGUUCCACAUGGUCUGUCUCUGCGAUUCAUUCGCACACUUACGACUGAUACGCGACAUGCGUAGGCAUAAGUAAGUAAGUACAACGAUACGCACGUGUGUACCUACCUGUAUGCAUAAGCGCGUACGAUCGACACACGCGUGCCUGCCUGCGCAAACUUAGACAUUACACUCC